ACCUAUUGGGUCACAUCGACGUGACCGCGUAGUAAUUUACAACGCAACAAUCAGCUGUAACUCUAGAAGCAGUAACUUCCCCUCCUGAUCUAGUGUCUGUGGGACUUGCAGUGAUGGUUGUUUCACGUUUCAGAAACUAACGCGAGAAAGAAACUUGCAAACUACAACCGGAAUUAUUGGUCAAGUAAAUCCCUCCAGACAAUGUCAAACGACAGCGUCACUCUUCCCUCUCCUGACCUCGAUCUUCAGCUUCAUCUUAAUAACAAUAAAUACGCGCAACAAGUUGUGCCCGCCAUCUUGUUCCUUGCCAUUCUGAUGCUUGUUGGGUGCAUUGGGAACUCCCUCGUCUUUUACGUGUAUCAUUUGAAGAUGAAGCGAAGCACAACCCGACUGUAUAUUCUAUCACUGGCAGCGUUUGAUCUUCUGAAUUGUGUCGUAUGCAUUCCCCAUGAAAUAGCAGAUAUGAGGUAUAACUUCACAUUUGGGCGAUAUGCACUUUGUAAAGUAAUUCGAGUAUUAAUAGUGUUCUCUUCCUUUGGGUCUGGAAGUGUUCUGCUAGUUGUAGCAGUAGAUCGAUACAAGAAGGUAUGCAGACCAUUUCAAAAGCAGAUUACCCUAAGGACUGCUCAGGUAGCUGUAACAAUUUGCACAGUUGCUUCGUGUCUGUUAUCGCUGCCUGCGUUCGUUAUCUACGGUUCAAGAACUGUGCCUACAGACAUCAUCAGCAUCAACGGUUCUGACUGUUCCAUUUCGGAUGAGUACAUUAAUUCUCCAUUUCCUCUGCUGUAUAAUGGGAUACAUUUCUCCAUAUUUGUGCCUUCAGUUCUGUGCCUAAUAGUGCUGUACAGUUUAAUAAAGCGGCAAGUCGGUAAGCAACACUCAUACAGAAACAAAAUGAAUUGUCAUCAGAAUGUUCCUUCAUCCCAAAAUAGAGAUGGUGGUAAAGAGAUAAACUCAAAUGAAUCAGAUGAAGGUCGUACCUCUUCAUCAGAACCUGAACUUACAGAUGUUUCUGUGGUAGAGAUGCAAAUGCCUAACAUUCGACCGAGCACGAAUGACGUUUUGACCGACCCCCAGCAAGGACGGAAUCCUAUGCAUAUUGCUAAGGGCAAGACAAGGCAGGAUAAAGAAGGGUCUGUCUGCAGUGAUGCUGAGCUGACAUAUGCACAGACAUCGUCUCGAGGUGACAGAGGUGAACAGAGAAUGUCGUUCAUGCUGUUUCUAAUCACUCUUGUAUUUGUCUUGAGCUUUCUGCCACACCUUUCACUGAUGGUGGCGUUGGGGAUCAAAAGGGAUCUCUUCGAGGUAACCCAAGGCGCUGGAUUAGCCGCCAUCAACCUUUUCAUCAGGUCGUAUUUCAUCAACAGCGCCUCCAAUCCAAUCAUAUACAGCUUCUUCAGUACCAACUUCAGACGGGAACUUGGAGACAUAUGGAGAAAGGUACAUUGUCGGGUAUGAAAACAAUUUGUAAUUCUACCGAAAACGCCAGUCUCGAAUGUCUGCCAAAGCAGAUUCCACUGGGUGUAAAAAGUAAAGACACACUAAAAACAUGUCUUGUUCCACCAGUAGGACACGUUAUAUGCUUUCUACCAUAAACAUCGAUGAAAAACGGCUUAGCACUUAACACGCAGAAACUGCAAAUGUUUAUAUUGGUUUUGAAGAAAGAUCGGGGGUCAACAUUUAACUGUGAGGAGACAUCUAUUGUUUUGGGUAUAAUACUAGAAAAAUAGUUGAAUGAGGAAAUUGUGUUACAACUUGAUUAGUAUGAUUACAUCGACUUAGCAAUAGUCCAGCUUUAUGACGGCGGUCUGUUAAUAUCCGGUGAUGGAUAUCAUGAGCAUCGUUCCACGAAAUUGGGAUACGAUGACAUGCAUCAACUACGUCAGCGAGCCUGACCACCCGAUCCCGUUAGUCGCCUUUUCCGACAAGCAUAGUCGCUUUUUACGGCAAGCAUUGGUUGCUGAAGACCUAUUCUACCCCGUAUCUGUUUGUUAACUAACACAGGUGCAUGUAGAUCAAUUGUGCACUCACACACCUGUUCACUAUCGUGGAAAAAAUGUGUUUGUUUAAGUCAGUUAUCAGGCAGAAUAUGUUUUGUCAAUGCAAUAAAAGAAAACAAAUAGAAUAUACAUUAAAAAACACACUAUAUUUUCAAUGUUUGUGCUAAGAUGUGUGAAAAUGAGGCCAAAUGCUUUUACUUAAAGAACAACCUGACAUAAAUUAACACGGCCUCUUAGGUGGCAUCGCACAUUUAUUUUGCCACAUUAUCUUUUGCAAAAUGAAUUUGUGUUUGUUGUUUAACGCCUCACUAUUCCAGUGAAAGGAUGGCGAGAGGUAAAUACUAGAAAGCCUGCGACAAACAAGUGAUGCAUACAGUGAAACCUGUCAAAAUCUGACUAAUCCGGACUUUUUUCAAUUAAAUGUACUGCAUUAAAUGUGCCGA